UCAUGAAAAACUAAUGUGCGUUUGUGUCGUCCCCGUAGCAGCACCAUUUUUCGCUUCACAUUGUGCAAGAAAAGAUUCUUUUAUUUCGCUAGCUAAAUUUGGGUGUAGGCCAAAAUUAUAGCAUUGUUUAACGGAUUGCUGGUAAGGAUCGUUCGACGGUAGUGUAAAACUGUGAUAAAAGCUUAUCAAGAAUGCCUAGAGGAAAAUACGUGAACCACAAGGGACGCAAUCGUCACUUCACCAGUCCCGAAGAACUCGAAGCGGAACGAGCAAAUGAAUCCAAGAAAAAAUGGAGAGACACCCGCGAGGAUUCUUCGGAGGAGGAGGACGAUGAAGAGGGAAGCGCUGAAGGCAGCGAAGAUUCCGAAGAGGAAUCUGAGGAAGAAGUCAAAGGGGCAGGAGCGCUGAUCGAAAUUGAGAAUCCCAAUCGGCAGACCAAGAAGGCUUUCGUGAAGGCCGCCAACGUGGAAGAGACUGACGCACCUCAGCUUUCUCGGCGGGAAAAGGAGCAGAUCGAGAAGCAGAAAGCUCACGCUGCCUACAUGAAACGACACGCCGAGGGGAAGACUUCCCAGGCAAAGGCUGACUUGGCUCGACUAGCCAUCAUCAAACAACAUCGGGCUGAAGCGGCAGCGCGCCGUGAAGCGGAGAAGAAAG